AUGGAUCCCCGGGUUCUACUCAUCCAUGUGGAGCUUCAGAACUCCAAUGUGCUGUGGGAUCCCGUGUCAGCACAGAUAGCGUCUGGCUAUGUCCCGCGGCUCUACUCUUUAAACUAUCCCACUCUAGCAAGGGAUCUUCCUCCAGAGCUGAAGCCUGCAAGUCUUGGGCACUUGCAGCUUGGCGACCCUGUCGCUAAUACUGCGACUGAUAAGCUUCUAUUUCUGCGGGAUUUCUGUGCCCUUGUGUCUCAACGGUCUUCACCUGAUACCAAGAAACAAGGAAAGCAGACUAUCAAUCCACUCCCAGACACCGCACUUGUUGCGGAGUACAUUGUGGUUCUUGUUGCUAACUUUCACUUUUACUCUCACUAUGCUGUCGCAAAUGCUUCGCAGACAGACAUCGCUGACUCUCAGCUGACCACAGACAACACCCCGGACGGUGACGCUCCAGGCGUUAUCCUCCAAAGAAAAGGGCCUCCAAAGGUGCAGCCCCAUGAACAAUUUGCUCUUGACUGUGCCCGUGCUGGCGUAUGCUUCGGCGGAGUCCUUAUUCUUCACGAAGACAUGAACACCACGUGGAUCACUGACUCUAAUUUUAGAGAUCUUCUUCUAAAGCUAGGCAUCCCACUCAAUUAUACAAAGGGCGUGUCUCCCUUUACUACAAACUAUAAUCUGUUUUCAUACCGUUACCAACAUUGCGACGCUGACCUUCGAAUCAGGACUAUUCCAUUCUUUCAUAUCAGGAAUCAAGGCAAAUACACGCAGUUUUAUAUCGCUUAUAUGAAGCAUGACAAGAUUUCUACCAUACCGGCUAAGGAUGAAAAAGCUUUUCUGGGGAGAGUGAAGGAUAGUUUCAGCGAGCAGUUGAUAGCGUGCUCCAUCAUCCAGAAGGACCUUCUACGCAUAAUUAACACGCUCCUGCUUUCACCAAAGUUCUAUCAACACUGGCUUACAAGUAACCACGUUUCAUACCUGUCGGAUCUCGACUUCUGUAGUGAAGGGUACUAUCGUCAGAAGCAUGCCCAGGGCCUGAAGCACAUACGCUAUCGUAGAAUAAGUAAGGCCCUUCUUCCCGUAGAAGGCAUAUACACAUUUCCAGUUCCUGCUGAUGGAGCAAAAGCCCAACAAAAGCCAGGAAAAGAUCAGAAGGAGGUCUCUGACACAGUGAUCUUGCCCACACUUGAAAACUUCUUUGAAGACAAGCUUUUGGUCUUGUCUCGAAUGCAUAAUGGUUCAUUUAUGAAUGAGUUUUUCUCUCAUGAUCUGCAUUCACGACUGGGUGUUGAUCUACUGGCCCACGAAGCAGUUUGCAAGCCCUGGCCUCUCCAAGGACAGUAUACUAGCUCAUCGGCUGACGAAGGAUCUGCAGCACAUAUCUACUCAAACAUACUCUCUGUUGACUUGCCUGAGGAAACAUUAGGACCGCCUCAAGGAAAGACUAAACAAAGUGCCCUGAUUUCGUUUCUACUCUCCGGAUAUCUCGAUGAUGUGUCUAGAAUGCCCGCUACUGAUCAGAAUAGAGUUUCCGUUAUUAUGGAGUGUAUGCUCCGGCAGUUUAGUGCCUUAGAUGAUCUGAUUCAAAAGGGUCAUGAACAGAAGCGUCGAGCACAGGAAGCACUCGUGGAAGAGCAAGCAGUAAUCUCUACAAGACCAAAAAGCAAUCAUGCCCAGCGAUCUGGCAGCAAGGCCAGCAGCUCCGCGGGAGCUACCACGGCUACUGCCAAUCAACCACCCGAUGCUCCGGCGGUGACCGAAGCGGGGCACUCAGACCUCAGUGCUCUUGUCCAACAUCUUAGUACACAGAGCUUAGCGGAGAAUCACUUUGAUAUUAGUGCCAUUGAUACUAUGCUUCUCAGCACAGAGUUAGGAGAUAAGAUUGCUACUUCUGAAGAAGGCAACCCGAAGGAUGAACCUCAUGCCAAUGACCAACAAUGUUCGGCAGAUAGCUUCAGCGAGAAAGAUGCCCACUCAUCCAAGCAAUUGGGUACUUACUUUUCAGCUAGAAUUAAUCGUCCGGUAUCUCUUUAUACAGAACCACUCAUGGCGCUACUCGAAACCUCUACUUCGAAUCGGCAGGAGCUCAUUUCAAUAUCAUCUGCAAUAAUAUCUGCAGCAACGGGGGCCACCUCUCUCACUAUCCACACGCUCCAGAACUCCGAAGCUGAGCACACAAUUAACUCAAACAAAUUAGCACCGUCGUUGCUGAAUGCAUUCUUCGGGGUAAUGCCGCACAAGAUAACCACAACAUAUGAAUCUACGGUUAGAGUCUCGAGCGGAUUUACCUUUCGGGUAGAAAAUUACGUAGAAGCAGAGGCCGUCGAGAGGGAAAAGCACAUCAAUGAUAUCCGUCUUAAGGCAGCCAGUUACGACCUUUUGGCACUUAUGUCUCUUUUGAAUAAACUAAGGAGAUCACAGCCAGUACCAUCUGACCAUGGGUCGUGCAAGGAAGAGAAUGGUAACUCUACAGGAGAAAAUGGAGCUACGUUUUGCUCUAAGGAAGCAAGUAAUGAAUCCGGAGAGAAAGCAAACCAAAUCGAUUACUACCAGAUGCAUGUCAAGGAGUCUGCAAUUACCUCUGCCAUCCAAGGGGUGAAGGGUUCAUCUUUCGAUCAUGCGGCUCAAGCUGACCGAUCAUAUGGCAUCCAUCCUGAUGCAGUUGUCAACAUCUCACUUGGAGCUGUAGUGAUGGAGUUUUCCCACAAGGACUUAGACUAUGCCACGAUGCUGGACACCCUUGCUAGUAUGUCGACGUAUAGUAUCUCCGUUGACGUCGAUAAUAAGUCUGUCAAUCUGGUGGUCACUUCAGACGUAGUUCCGCUGCAACACAGCAAAGCACAUCUUCUAGCUCAAUUCAAAGACGAUCUGUUUUCCCUUUUCAAUACUGUCCCUAUGUUUGGAGUCUGGAUCAACACGCCUCUUAUUCAAUCCAUACUCACUGAUGAGUCGUUUUUAUCGAAUAAUUACCCUCAGAUAUGGAGUCAGUAUUAUACAGAGGCGCAGGUGGAGCAGCGAUCAAAGUCUACGCAGCAGGGAAAGUCUAAGGAAGAGAAGCAGACCCUGGUGCAAAGGGAGGAACCGCCUGAGCCUUCCAAGAACCAACCAAAUCUAACUGAGUAUGUUCCUCUUUUACCUUCGAUUAUUCCUUUAACCCGGCGCUACCGCAUUCCUGGAGAUAAGUCCUCUUCUUUCCAGACGGGAAACUCUAUAUUGUAUGACCCAGCAUCUGCAACCGAACAAAGCAUCACAGAAGCACAUGUCUCCAGCCUUAAGAAUGUGGUGCUAUCCAGAGAUGUCAGAGCAGAUAAGCCGGGUGCAAGAAAGGAGAAAGACCCUGCUACUAAAGCUACUUCAUCACUCCGCGAUGUCUCCUGUGCAAACUCCUUCAGCCUUGCAGACGAUCGCCAAGAACUACCAUCUCUUAGCGAGUACACUAGGCCCAUCUUUCCCCUUGCCUCCGAAUUCAUUGACACCAGCCCAAUUUCUCCCCCCACUCACAUGUUUCUAAGCUCCACUGGCAACUUUUUGAAUAGUAAUUUGGUGCUCAGUGAGUGUUUCGGAAGUGUGGGACUGGCAUCUAACUACUGGACCAAACAAGUUGGGUCUCCACAAGCAGAUGAGGUAGAACCAGAGGCAGAAUCACCAGUACAUGAACAGCCAGCUGCACCCGACCCUGUCCUUUAUGUUCCUAACCGGCUCUUGGCUGCGUACAUACAAGAGCCAGAGCAACUACAACUCCAUGAAGAUGACGAUAAGAAGAAGGCGUUACCCUUAUUGUUAGAUACAACAGUUUUGCCAGAUUUUGAUAUUAGUAUUGACACUCUUGCAACACAGUUCGACUUGCGCAGUGCAGACACCUCUGCAUAUGUUGCCCAUUACAGCAGAGGCGGUGCCAUGCAUUGUGUAGAAUCCAUACCUGCCUCAGGCGUUAUUCUUCACAAGAUUGUUAACGGUUCUGGUUUGAGCAUACGAGUUUCUCUUCGUCCUGUCAACCUCUCAACUGUGGUUGUUGGACAGGUCUCAACACCGUUUUCUCCGACACCAGAAGUAGACUUGCAGUAUGCUGAGCGUUACAUAGAACGGAUAUUUUACGAGGCUUCAAAACCUUGCACAGCGGAUAGCUCUAUGCAGCGAUCGGUUGGCGCUGCCAAAACCAAAAAAGAUCGGGAGCGUGAAUCCUUGCAGCAAAUAGAGUGGAGGCGUCGAAAGCGAAAGCUUACUGAACUAAAAACCCUUGUAGAUGAGGAGAAGACCCGGCGCGAACGUGCGCUACCGGCUCCAGGGACCUCUGUGCUUGGCACUCGGCCUACCUCAAGCUACCUGCACUUGUUCUUAGCAUCACGAGGCAUUCAUAUCACCUAUAUGGGAAGUAAGGUCCUCAUCAAGUAUAGACAUGAUCUUCUAAUGUUCUUGUACAUAGGGCAGCAGCGCUUGAAGCUUACCAAGAUCUUUCUUGACGUUGACUUCAAUGUGCUCGAGGUUACUGCCGACAGCGACCCCUGGCUCUCUCUUCUUCACGAAUUUAAGCAGCACUACACGGGGAAGACAACCCGUUUCCCCAUAGUACGACUGUCAUAUGAGUUGCGGAGAGAUAUGGUGCGUAUCUAUGCCGAAUUUCCUGCUAGUCAUUACGCAAUGUAUGUAGACCUAGAUGAGGCAGGAAACCUCGAGGAGGAUGCUGCUAGCAUCUUGUCAGUAGUCAAGCAGGACUCAGCCGCAUCCUCUAUGCUUCACCCUACUGAGAAGACAUUUUCGAUCCCAGAUGCUUUGGAAGGGAUAGAUACAGCUAAGGCGGGUGUUUCCGACUUACAAGCUACAUCUCCACCCCAGCUCGAAGAUCCAAGCUCGAAGGCUUCCAUUCAGAAUGCUCAGGACGUUUCUCUGGGUGACGAAACUAACUUGUAUGAUGACAUCGCUCGCAAAGGGGUGUUUAUUUCUCAGACAGAUAGGCUCUCUAGACAAUUCUCUACAUCGUUUCUUGUCAUUUUCACAUGCCCAACCAGCAUAUUCUAUGAACCAUUUAGAGCCGAGACGCUUAAAGAGCCACCAAUGCCAUGCACUGGUACCAAACCUCUUAAUAAGGGCAACAUCUACUAUGCAAAAGGAAUCCACGCCCGGGUGGUUGACCCCGAUGAUUUCGUUGCAAGUCAUGAGCUUACAACGAUCGAUCUUCCUACCAUCAUUCCUUACAUCUUCACGUCAGAUCGCGUCAUGCUUCACUAUUGCUCUUUCAAGAAUAUCAUGACAAUUGCUCACCUUUCUGACAGUCUAAUCCACAAGGACGCCGUCGAAAUUCUUCGCACAUCCAAAGACUUAACAGAUUUAGACAAUAAAUAUUGGUUCGAGAAUAUCAUUUCUAACAUAUUUACUAUAGACAAACAAAUCAUUCACGAGGACCCAUCUCGGUUUGUAAGGGCGCUGAAGAAGCUCUGUACAGAGGACACCCGCAUAUCUGUACAGACACCAACCGUAUUUGUCCAGCUUCCUAUUGGUCUCAUGGCAGUCUUUGAUGAGUGCGGUAAGAUGAAUGUCAUGUACGAUUCUAAGUCGGGGCUGGACACUAUCUCCAUAUCCCCCGAUGGCUCUGUCCAAGCCACUCUUGGUGAUACUCUUCGGCUGCACUUCUUCUCCCACAAAGCUGAUUAUUAUAUGAGCAUGACCACAGAAGCAGAUAAGCCACUUAACGAAAACGUGGCGCUUAACGCUGUUAAUCCUGAUCUGUUUACUUAUCGAUUAACGACUCAGCCAGAGCUUAUUAGUGCAACGGUAAGUGUGCUUGCAGGAUAUCCUCGGCCAGGAUUACAAUUUCGAACGAUAGGCCGAGACCCGUACCAAUUUCUUCCCAGCAUUUGGAAUAUCUUCCGCAAGGAUGAAAAGCUUCCACGCUCGCUAGCACACUUCACUCCAGGAAUUGCUCAGCUUGUCCCUACCGGAGAUAACACGGAGAUAGAUAAAGAGUCCGUCUUACAUCUGGGCUCUCCUCUACCAGGGCCGUAUUCACUAGGCUUUCAGCUUGUGAUAAAUGUUAAUGAAAGUCCGGGCUGCUGUGUUGACUCUAUCACCGCCUCGCUGCGUCUUCUCCAAACUGACCAGAAGCAAGAGCUGGCAGUUGAUCUGUACAGAGCAGUAGCUGAUAGCAUAUACCUAGACUUUGUUCAGCCACUAAUGUCCUGCACUAAUCCAUUGCAGCGGGCUGUUGCCAACUAUUCUCUUCCUGGUUAUGCUAAACACAUCGUCUUUAGUAAGUACGAUAUCGCCAAUCAGCAGAUUACAAGAGAAAGCUGUCAUAGUACAAAAAGCAACUCAGAAGAGCCCCUCUUCAAUUCACAGAAAGCUGUCUCAAGAAGUGAGAGUACGUCAGUCUCCAAGGAUCCUGAGAGAGAGUCAUCCGACAAUUCAGAGGAGCAGGAGUCCAAAGGGAUUGGCAGGAGCAAGAGUGAGAAGUUUGGCACGGAUAUUGGACAUUCUAGCUUUGUAGAUGAAAGCAAGGGUGUACUUGAAGACGGACAAUCGACUAUUCCAUAUUUGGAUGUGGACAAGUCCUCCUCCACUUUAGCUGGAGACACAACCACAGAAGAUCUCAUAGAGAGCGUCGAAGAUGAUAACAAUGGAAUAGCCGGCUCUCAAAUGAAAGUGGACUUUUUACGUAAGGGCCUAACAGAUUUCUUCUGGGAUUCUGAGGAGGGACAGGCCUAUCUUACAGGUGGGCCAGAGGGAUACAAGGAGUGCGUCAGCAGAUAUCAUGACCUUGCGGCAACCGUGUUAGGGAAGGAGCGAGUAGCUGAACAAGAGCACCUUCCUAAUCGUAGCAUUCAUCGCUGUGUUGAAAACCACCUCAAGACCAUCACGCUUCCUCGCUCUCUUCCUCCACCCUACUCCAGAAGAGAGGAGCAAGAGGUAUCUACCUUGCCUACCAAGGAAGAGCUUGUGGAGCACAGUCUAUUCACACGGCCACUAACCCAGGUUGAGACUAACAAGUCAAUAAGAAACCAAUUGCAGACCGUUGCCACAGAGACAAUGCAUGCGGCAGCAUGUAGAAAUAUCACCUUCGCGGCUCGAGAAGACCUAAGGAAGGUCACUAUUCCAACGACCUACAAGAUACCAUAUACACGGCAUGUACUUGUUACCCCGACAAAGAUAAGGAUAGGGAGUAUGCUCGCCCCUGCAGACCUUACAACCGCUCGUGUCUGCUUCAAAAACAUAGGGCACAUGCCCGUUCGCCUGAGAUACGACCUCGUGCAUACAGAGAAGGACGUGCCGAGGGAAGAAAGGAUCAUAGUGGACAUCUGCAUGACGCAACACAAAGGUGGAAUACCCCCUGGAAUGACUGCUACUGUGGUGAUGAAAAUAAAAACCCCCAUCCAAGCCGGCUAUUUCAAUACAGUCGCCUUCUUUAAAACAGAAGAAGAGGUAAUCGCUAUUCCUAUCGAGGGCGUGGUCCAAAGUGGGAGUCCCAGAUCGACGCUAACCGGCCUGCAUACGCGCGGUAGACAGCACCAAGUACACCACGCUAAUACGCUGAGUAACCUCAAUAACAACACUAGUGACAGGUCACAUGCCUUACAAGGAACCGCACCAACUGGAAUACACCAGGAUGACGAUAACUCAGAUGAAGAGUAA